AUUUCUUGGGCAAUUAGCCUGUUUCCCUUAGCCGGCGUAUAGAAGCCUGCAUCGUCUUCUUCCUCCUCUGCCUUUCUUUUGCUAGGGCUUCACUCAGAGGAAGACGGAAGCAGCUGCCUUGACCGGAAGUAGCAGCCAUGGUCCUCAAAACAGAAUUAUGUCGCUUCAGUGGGGCGAAGAUAUAUCCUGGAAAGGGGAUUAGGUUUGUCCGCUCUGAUUCUCAGGUGUUCUUGUUCGCGAAUUCAAAAUGCAAAAGGUACUUCCACAACCGACUGAAGCCAUCAAAGCUUACAUGGACAGCCAUGUACAGAAAGCAGCACAAGAAGGAUAUUUCCCAAGAAGCUGUCAAGAAGAGGCGCCGGACCACCAAGAAGCCUUACUCAAGGUCCAUUGUGGGUGUGACUUUGGAAGUCAUUCAGAAGCGCAGGACUGAGAAGCCAGAAGUUCGUGAUGCUGCACGAGAAGCUGCUCUCCGAGAAAUCAAGGAGAGGAUCAAGAAGACGAAGGAUGAGAAGAAGGCAAAGAAGGCUGAAGUGAUGGCAAAAACUCAGAAAGGACAGGCCAAAGGUAACAUCCCAAAGGGUGCUGCACCAAAGGGUCCGAAAAUCGGAGGUGGCGGUGGAAAGCGCUGAGCUACUCGUUUAUCCUGAUUGGAUCGUGUCACAUGUACUUCAAUUUCAUCUGUUUUAUGUCUUAUUAGUUAUUGCCUUGACAAUGAAACCGGGAUGCUCCUAGCUCUUCCAUGAGUUUUGAUUUUCUGUUUUUUGAUAGGAAAAAUGGCCCCUUAAUGUAGAAUUUGCCCUGUCCAAUGUCGAAACUUCCAAGUUUUACAAGCGUGAUCUCAUCUCAAAAUGUUUAUGUCCUGUUUGGGUUUCGAAAUUUCCGAGGCGGGGAUGAUGGAUUGUCUGUGUAUCUGUAGCUCGAACUACUGGAAUGGUAAACAGUUUGUGGAA